AUGUCAUUGUCAUUCAAUAUAGAUCAACAAGAUGGAUUGGCAAGAACUGCCAAUUUGUUAGUAAACAACAAAUCGAUUGCAACACCAAACAUUUUAUUCUAUACAAAACAAGGAAGUGUCGAUAAUCUCACUAAAGAUCUAUUAAAUAACCUACCUUUUCAAUCUACUCAUCUAUUAUCAAUGUUAUAUUCUGAUGUAGCACAAUUUACAGAUGUUUUAGAGAAAUAUGGUAAGGGUGCACACAAGUUUUUGAGUGUAGAUGAACAUUUGCUGUUCUUGUCACUUCGUGACUCUAUGACAUACCAAGAGACUUCGUUCAACGAGACAGGCUUCAAUACAACCUCUAGAAAAGGAAACAAACGUAUUGCCAACCAAGAAUACGUAAACACUCUCAAACACAUUCGACCAGACAUCAUUUCGUCACUCUCAUUCGACAUUCCAUUCAGCUCUUCACAAAAGAAACUUACCAAACAAUUGGCACUCUCUUCAUCAUCAUUAGAUUCAAUCUUAAAAGAUCAAUCAUUAGAUCAUUCAUCUAUAUUCGCAAGUAUACAUGGUAGUAAAUCAGAGGAAUCAGUUAUGAAGUCGAAUAAGGAGAUUGCAGCAAAGGAUGUCGGUGGAUUUAUCUUGUCGAAUUUUGGUACCAAUGAAUCGGUGGAGGAACGUGAGCAACAGAUUCCAAAGCUGAUCGAGUUGCUUCCAGCACAGAAACCGAGAUUGAUCACUGGACUCGGUAGUCCAGAGGAGGUGUUGUUCUUAGUGGAGAACGGUAUCGAUCUAGUCAAUACUUCAUAUCCAUUCAAAGUUACCGAAUGGGGACACGCAUUGACAUUUGAAUAUAAACUUGAUAAACUACAGCAACAACAACAACAACAACAAUCAUCAACAUCUACACCGAACAAACCAAACAAAAUCAAUCUUUGGGAUGCUAAAUACGUCAUCGAUAUGACACCAAUCGUCGAAGGAUGUCAAUGCUUCACCUGUAAAAACCACACUAAAGCAUACAUCCAUCAUUUAAUGAACACACAUGAGAUGUUAUCACAAGUUUUAUUAACAAUUCAUAAUCUUUCACAUUAUUUAGGAUACUUUGAAGAAUUGAGAAAUGUCAUCAAACAAAAACAAAUGAAACUCUACAAAGAUUUAUUCAUUCAACAAAGAGAGAUUAACGAUGAUGGUGUAAGAUUCAAAUGCAAGGUUUGUAAGGAUUUCGAACUUUGUUAUCCUUGCUUUGACGAUGGCAUAGAAACUGAUUUUCAUAAUGGUAGUCAUCCAAUGGAUGCCUUGGCAACUGAUAAAAAUGCUUAUUAUUUUGAAGAGGAUGAGGUGGAUGAUGAUGAAAUGUUGGAUAACGAAGAUUAUAAUGUCGACGAUGACGAAGACGAAGAUUCUGAGGAAGAAGAAGAAGGCGAUGGAGGUAUUGAUUUGUCAGACCUAGAGGAAAUCGAUGCAACUCUGAGUAAACUCUUCCAAAAUCUCAGUUCGGCCACCUUCAAAUGUCCUUAUUGCAAUCAUACUGGACUUACAGAGUCUGCACUCAUCGAUCACUGCAUGGAUAAUCAUCAAGGUGACAGAAAACAAGUGGUCUGUCCAAUAUGUUCAUCUAAACCCGGUGGUGAUCCCAAUUACGUUAGUAAAGGUUUCAUAGGUCAUUUAGGUCUAAGACAUUCAAAGUCAAAUAAGAAUCCAGCAGCAGAUGAUUUUGUAAAGAGUGCAGAUCUAUUGGCAACUUUGUUUGGUAUUACACCGAGUGCUCUUUCGAAUAUCUUGAGAAAGGACAAUAUCGAUAGUUCGGCACUGCUAAAAGAGAGAAGAAUCGUUGGUUCGAGUGGCGACAGCAAAACGAUUCAACCGACACUCACCUUUAAUCUCAAAGGAGUGGCGGCUUCACAGUCACAGCAAUCCUCUGUAGAUGCAUUAGAUUCUUUUAGUUCAAGUUCUAUCUUUUCUCCAGCACAAAAGGCAUCAAUUGAUUCCAUUACCAAUAGUAAUAACAAUGAUAAUAGUAGUAGCGAUAACAACAACAACCAAUCGAAUGAGGGAGACGCUUCGAAACAACAUUCAACUUCACAGGCCGGUAGCGACAACAACAGCACCAGCAGCAACAACAACAACAACAACAAAAACAACAACCAGAGUCAAUCAAAGAAAAUUCAAAUCAAUGAGACUAACCUUUCACCAAAGGAAAUCGAGAGCACCAAAGAAAACGUUCUAAAGAGUAUAUUCGUUCAAGAUCUACUUUAUUCAGCGAUCUUUUCAAGUUCAUUGUCAACAAAAGAAAAGAGUUAA